AUGGGCCCGCCUGGCGGCGAUGCGGUAGCGGCGGCGGCGGAGAAUACGAAGUGGCACAGCGCGCGAGAGAGGCAGACCGUCCUCGCCGUCGCUUCCGCCACCGCUGACGUCAUCAGAUCCCAGGGAUUGUCGCCGUCACCCACGGCGUACUUUGCGGCGCUUAUUUCGGCGUUGGAGACGGCGGAGUCUUUGAAAUCCGCGGUUGAAAUUCGAGGAGCGGCCGGCACGGGAGGAUCUCGCAGCGUAAACCCCAAACCCUUCGAUAAACCUGUGAACGGUCUGGAUGCUGUCUUAGCGCUGCUGGAUCUCGCGAUCCCUCUCACGCCAGAGUCGAUCGUACGGCUGAACGCAGCCCGGCUCCUGCCACUGCUAACUGCCGCCGUCGAUCUUUGGGGGGCUACAAACGCAACCGGACCUACUAAUAGCGCGGAUAAGGUGGUAGGAGAAGAAUUGAUGGAGGAGGAGGACGAAGCUGGCAAAACGACAAAAGGCCCGGGCGGCAGUGUGGGCGGCACAGGGCAGGCGUGGGCGGAGGAUCGGCGGAGGGUGGUUGCGGCGGCGGUGGAUUGUCUGGGGUAUGUGAUUGCAGCGAGGGUUGCGGGCUGCGGCGACCCCAAGAACGCGUGGACGGCUGACGUGGCGGCGGGUUUUAAGGCGGUGUUGGAUCACUCUGUAGCGAGUCAGCCGAAGGUUCGCAGCGUGGCGCAAUCCGCCCUCCUGAAGCUUCUCAGGACCUUCCGCGCCUCUCCCGCCGCCCUUGCCGCUGCCUCGACAGCACUCGUCGAUUUCGCCGACGCCCUCAUCGUCCGGGCGCUCGCUCCUUCCAAGCAGCUCGAACAGCCACGUCAGCAGCAGCAAUCGUUACAAGAGGCAGCUGCGACGUCAGCGGCAGCAGUGCUCCGUUUCAUCUCCUGCCUCCGCCCGCUGCUCCCGCUCCUCUCCCCUCCCUCCCUGCCACGUGUCACUCUCCGAUUGGUCGAGCUUCUCGAGAUUCGACACCCUCUUCUCGCCUGCCGUGUGCUGGACGCCCUCCACUCGCUUAUGUCAGCUCCAGCCCCGGCCACGUCAGCUGCAACGUCACCCGUCUCUAAAUCCCUCAUUUCAGAGGUGGUGGCGCGACUGCUGAAGCAGGAGGGGGAGAGACAGGCGAUGGGGGGAGGGGCGGGCGGCGGGUGGGGGGCAGGGGGCGGGGGAGGCGCAGGGGGGAGGGGGAAGACGGAUGUAGCAGCGGUGCGUGCUCUGCUGGAGUGCGUGCGGGCGGCGUUGAUUCGUCUGCAUGCGAUGGACGCUGAGGCGUGCGUCAGCCUGCUGCCGUCCACGUUCUUCACUCUCAUUGACAACCUGGCGAGCGGGCACGAGGAGGUGGCAUUCGCCACAGCGGACUGCCUCAAGGCGCUUAUCUGCGCCUGCAUAUCCCUCUCCCACCUCCCUUCUCCCAUCACCACCCCUCUCCCCCCUUCCCCUCCACCUUCUCCCCAAACCAGACAACCUGGCGAGUGGGCACGAGGAGGUGGCAUUCGCCACAGCGGACUGCCUCAAGGCGCUUAUCUCCUCCUGCCUCGACGACACUGCUGUCGCCGCCUCUGCUGGCCUCAGGGUGGUGCUUCAAUUCAAUGCAGUGCUCUGCUCUUCCCAUCAUCCCCACCCCCCCCUCAUAAACCAGACAACCUGGCGAGCGGGCACGAGGAGGUGGCGUUCGCCACGGCGGACUGCCUCAAGGCUUUAAUCUCCACCUGCCUCGACGAUGCUGCUGUUGCUGCCUCUGCCGCUAUCGUGCAGCAGCGCCAGGCACAGGAAGGCGCAGGGGGGGAAGCAGGGGGAGCAGGGGGAGGGGGAGGGAAGGGGAAAGCGCCGGUGGAGCGGGUGUGUGUGGCAGUGGAGCGGGCGCUGGGGUAUCAGCUCCGUGCCUCGUGGGACCUGUCGUUGCUUCUUGUGGCUACCCUGUUCGAUCGUAUAGGUGAGUGUUCUUGCAAGGACGGACACGAGGGGAAGGGCAGUGAGGGAGAAAGGGUGUGGGUGGGGGUGGAGGGAUUGGGGAAGGGGAAAGCGCCGGUGGAGCGAGUGUGUGUGGCGGUGGAGCGGGCGCUGGGGUAUCAGCUCCGUGCCUCGUGGGACCUGUCUCUGCUUCUAGUUGCUACCCUCUUUGACCAUAUUGCGUUGAGCGGGCCCCCAACGCUUCCGCAGCGCUACUGCCCGCUCAGCUCAACCACCCCUCCUUCUCUGCUUCCUUCAUCCCAUCUCUUCCUCGCCCCAACCCUCACCACGCUGGCCGAUCUGCACGACUUCCCAGACACAGACACGGCCCAUCGCAAGCACCUGCACGCUGCUCUCGGCGCUGCUUUUACCCCAUGCCGCUCUGUCUCCCUCUACCCCCUCUUAUGCCCCCCAAACGCAGGUCCCUCCUCCCACCUCUUCCUCGCCCCAACCCUCGUCACCCUUGCUGAUCUGCACGACCUACCAGACACAGAGAUGGCCCACCGCAAGCACCUGCACGCUGCUCUCGGCGCUGCUGUUGCCGCUAUGGGCCCCUCCCGCUUCCUCUCCAUCCUCCCUCUCGGCCUUGACCCUGAACCUGCUCCCGCACCUGCUGCCGGACCUACUGCCUCCGCAGCAGCAGCAGGAGUGGCAGCAGCAGCAGCGGCGGCGGCGGCCACUCCCGCGGCGCCACGUGUGUGGCUGCUGCCAAUCCUGCGCCGCCACACGGCGGGCGAGUCGCUCUCCUUGGUCCUCACCGCCCUCCUCCCCCUCUCCCACCACCUCCUCCUUGCCGCCCAGCAAGCCCGCUCGCCCCAGGUCGACCGGCCAAUCGCGGCCAAGCAGCUGGCGGCGCUGCGGGCGGCGGUGUGGUCGCUGCUGCCCGCUGUCGCCAGCCUGGCGCCGGACACUGCGCAGGUGUUUCCGCACUUAGCUAAGCACCUGGCGGAAGCAGUGGCAGCAGGAGGGAAGGGCGAUGAGGGCGAUGGAAUCCGGUCUGCAGUCUGUGUCACCCUGCAGCUGAUGGUGGAUCAGAACCGCAUGGCCAUGGGUCGUCCGCCCCUCUCCAAGCGCCUCACAGCCUUUGAUGGCCUCUCAGGUGCUCCCACCACCGCCCUUGCUGCUGCCAUCACGGACAGUGCUGCUUCUGACUCUGCUGGAGCGGCUGCUGCUGCUCCCUCUGCAGCACCUGAAGCAGAAGCAGCGUUCCGGGCGGCCCUAGAGGACGACGACGACACCACCGAUGCCGAGCGCCGCGCGUGGCGCCAGCUCACCGCUGACGUGGCAGCCGCCAACCUGGCGGCCAUGUCAGGCUCGGCCCGUCCCUUCCUCCCGAUGCUGUUUGACGCGUUCGUGGCGGCCCCAUCAGCCAAGAGGGGCGAACUUCAGAGUGCCAUCGGGGCUCUCGCUGCUGUGGCUGACCCGGCGGCCCUCCGACUGUUCUUCACGAAUAUCAUGAGCAAACUGCUCUCCGCUACACACGCUGCUGCCUCUGGUGGUGCUGCUGCUGGUGCCGGCGCAGCAGCAGGAGCAGGGGAUGUGAGCAAGGAAGCCGGAGAGAAGAGGGCCAUGCUCAUGGAUCUCUCGCUCUCCCUGCUACCGGGCCUGGACGUGGAGUGCUGCCGUGCGCUCUACAACGCAACGAGGCCCGCCAUCCAGGACAAGUCUGCUGCCGUGCAGAAGAAGGCUUACAAGCUCCUCGCAUCACUGCUUGAGACACACCCAGAGCUCCUGAGCCAGCAAUCCGAGGGCGUGGCAGGGGGAGCACCAGGCGGAGCAGCAGGGGGAGGCGUGCUAGCAAAGGCAGUGUUGGAGGAGCUGCUGAUGGGCGUGGGUGGGGUGCACUCGCCGUCUCGCCACUACCGCAUCAAGAGCCUCUCAGCCGUGCUGCUGCAUCUGGCUCGCUCCAAUGUUCCGGCGUUUCAUGAAGCAGUGGCUGCCACACUCACUGAGAUUGUGCUGUCCGUGAAAGAGGUGAACCGCAAGGCACGCGACGCAGCCUAUCAGCUCAUCAUAGCUCUCGCCAAGGAGAUGCAGCGACUGGCAGACGAGCAGCACGAGCAGAAAUUCUUGGCGGCUGGAGGGAUCAUGUACGGCGGUUUCAGUGGCGAUCAGUCCAUGGAUGGUGCUGGUUCCGCUGAUGAUGAUGAUGCCGAUUCGCCCUUCCUCAAGUUCUUCACCAUGGUGAUGGCAGGGCUAGCCAGCAGCACCCCGCACGGCCAGAGCGCAGCAGUGAUGGCCCUGGCUCGCCUCAUCUUCCACUUCUCCUCCUCGCUGCUCCACCUCGUCCCCUCGCUCCUCCCGUCCCUCCUCCUCCUCUUCCGCUCGCCGCACCGCGAUGUGCUCAAGGCGUGUCUGGGCCUGGUGAAGGUGCUAUCUGUGCGCCUGGAAACUGCUGACCUGGAGGCUCACCUGCCGGCGAUCAUGAGUGCUCUGCUGUGCACGAAUGAAAUCGUUGCAACCAGGUUCAAGGCCAAGGUGCGCAAGAUAGUGCAGCGGCUGGCGAGGCGAUGCGGCCAUGCGACGGUGGCAGCAGUGGUGCCGGAGGAGCAUCAGCGCCUGCUCACGCACAUCCGCAAGGAGGUGGCCCGAGCAGCCAAAGCCAAGGAGAAGAAGCGCGGAGGAGCGGGGGCGAAGGGCUCGCAGGCAGAGGAUGGGGAGGAGGGCGGUGACGGGCGGUCGACCAUGUCGGGCAGAAGCAGGGCGAGAACGAGCGACUGGAGCCACUCCAACCUCUUUUCCGACACGUCAGCGGACGGCGAUUUCAGCGAUGACGAGGAUUACGGCGAUGCUGACGAGGACGAACGCAGCGUGUUCGGCGGCAAAUCACGCGCCGCCAAGUCAGCAUCCCGCCAGGACGGGUCAAAAAAGUAUGCGUGGUCGAACGCGCUCUCGUCCAGGGUGGGCAAGAAGGCGCAGCACGGCAGGCCACAGCUGCACGAGCGGAUCACAGAGACAGGUGGCGACACGCCAUUGGACCUGCUCGAUCUCGCAGGCACGCGCAGGGCCCUCUCUGCGCCCCUGCUCAAGCCCACCCGCGGAACCCUUUCCUCUGGUGGUGGUGGUUCGAAGCGGCAUCGUGAUGGGGGUGCGGAGGGGGAGGGGGAGGAUUCGGGAUUCGAGUAUACAGAGGAUGGAAAGAUAGUUGUUCCGGAUGAGAUCGAAGGGGGAGAGAGUGGUAGAGGGAGGAGGGGAGGAGUCAAGAAGGGGGUGGGGGCAGGUGGGGAGGAUGACGGAGAGGGGAAUCUGGAUUAUGGGGUAAUGGAGGAUGAUGACGUGGCGAUGGGUGAUGCCAGCCUGGCAUCUGCGAGGGCUGCUGAGCUGGCUUUUGGCCGGCGUGUCCGCGGGGCGCGAGGUGCAGGAGGAGGAGGAGGAGGAGAAGGGGGAGAAGAGAGAGGGGGUGCUGGUGCUGGUGGUGGUGGUGGGAGGAAAAAGGCCAAGGCCAAUUCUGGCCAGGCCAUUCCUUCUGGUAAGGAUAAACGUGGCGGGAAGAAGCAGACUGGUAGUGGUAGUGGGUGGUCUUAUACAGGGGAUGAAUAUGCCGCAGGCAGCGGGCGGCGUGCGGGCGGCGAUGUGAAGAAGGAAGGGAAGCUGGAGCCUCACGCAUACUGGCCGUUGGAUGCAAAGAUGCUCAAUCGGAGGGCUGGGAAGCUUGCAGCGGCACGGAGGGGAAUGACCAGUGUGAUGGGGGCGGGGGGGAAGAAGGGGGGAGGGGGAUCGGGAGGGGGAGGAGGAACAGGAGGAGGGAAGGGUGGGGCGGGGAAGAAGCAGCACAAGGGGCACAAGGGGAAGGGGAAAGGAAAGGCGUAG